AUGUCUUCGCAAAAUUCCAAAGGUUCCGACGCCAUCCGGCAAGGCGUUCCUCGUAUGCCUUCCUACACCGACGCCGCCCCCCGAAACGACAGCCACAGGCCCGGCCUGCCCGAGCGAGCGCAAACGUUCCAUAAUGCCUCAUCACCUGACCAUGACGGCCCUGAUGCAUUCGACACCUCGGAGCACAGUGAAAAUGACGACAAUACGGAGACCGCGCGGGCUUCCAUCGAGCUGGACGUGUUACCAAUUGAGCUGAUAACUUUCACGGACAGCUUCAUUGAGUCACUAGGCGCCAAGGUGCACUCUACGCCUCCAAACAUUGAAAAGCUGUCAAGGUUGUUCCAGGAAUUCUAUGGCCAAGCAUCUUCGCAUAUCGCCACACACAUCAGCGCUCUUGCUACAAAGCAAAGUCGUGACAUCUCACCUUCUCCAUCAAUAUCAUCCAUCUCGUCCGCUGCAAGUCGCCUACGUUCCAAAGCAGCUUCGCCGCGCGCCAAGGAUAAGCCCAAGACGGAAACAGAACGUCAAAUGAUUACAUCCGAAGAGCUCGCGAGUCGAAAAAAAGCGAGGAAAGCAUUAGAGGCAAAGCGAGGCACGUUGGAGGAAGCUGUUGAGCGAAGGCUGUGUGAGGGCAUCUAUCACAAGAUUUACCGCCACCGAACUACACAUGACGAGGCUCAAGACGAGAAGCUUCGGUCCAAAACGGCCGCUUUGGCUUUGGUGGGAAUUACUCCUGUUGAUUUGGGCGUAGACUACGGCGAGGGAGCGGCACGAGAUCCCGAGAUAGCUGCCAAGGUGACGGAGCAGAUGGGACACUCACUCGGGAAAGCACGAGCAGAUUUGGUUCGAAUGAGCGAGGCUAGAUAUCCCUUGGCCAAAACAAAUCACUUGAAAGCCGCGCACAAGAGCAUAGUCGACACACUGGCCGAGGUGCACCCGUCCGCCUCAGCCGACGAAAUAAUGCCAAUGCUGAUAUAUACACUGAUUACACUGCCGCCAGAAAAUCUUCACAUCAUCAGCGACCUUCAUUUUAUUCAGUACUUCCGUUGGGAACCAAAAUUGACUGGCGAGGCCGCGUAUUGCCUAACAAAUCUUGAAGCAGCCAUCAGCUUUCUUCAGACGGUCGACCUGUCUACCCUGCGAGAAGACGAGCUUCCAUCUGGGCCUGCAAAGUCAGACAGUUAUGUUGGCACUUCCAAGACGGAAACCUUCCCACCUGCGUAUGGAAUCACCGCGCCCUCCCAAAGUGCUACCGAGGCCAGCACUGACAAUGUCACGGCCACGAAACCGGCGGCUUCGCCCUCGGGCCUCAAGGCCGCUCAGGUCUUACGAAACAGAAGACUUAGUGACUUGGUCAAUACCCCGGCACAAGCAUUGGGCGCUGCAAGCGGUGCCGUGAUCAGCACAGCGGACCAAGGGCUCAAGACCAUUUCCAACAGUCUGGGCGACAGUUAUUCGUUUCUCCUCGGCAAGUUACGAGAGCGUCAGGAGAGCCCCAAAGAGUCUAUUGUUGUCCCUCGCACCCUGGACGACGCGCGUAAACUUGUCAGCACUCCACCACUGGAUGAGGACGACAACGCUAGCGCCACCAGUUCCACCGCUGGCGGCUCCGAAGAUACAGAACAGUUCAAACGCCCAUCAGCCCGUGAAGAUCGUGUCCUCAGUCUCAUCGGCGGUCGACGAGACACUAGUGUUGAUAGUGUCAGAAGCGGUCAUUCAUCCACCAAAAGAGUCGGCUUCCUGGAGGACUCCAGGACGUCAAACACACCCACCCCGGGAACACCAACAGCUCCCGCCAUGCUCGAAUCCGUCCGUAACUUGGGCAGCUCAUUCAACCCCAUCGGUCGACUUUCCAGCAUUGGCAUGAUUCGCGGUUUCGGGCGCACCACAGCUACGCCUUCUGGCAAGGAUUCCACAGAAGGCGGCGACUUGGCGACUCCCUCGCCAGAGGUUGCAGCCGUACUCCCACCCAAACAAAUUACCGUUCCCAGGAUACCUCCCCCCAACAAGCGCUUCAUGGAAAUCCAAAGUCCCGGGGAACUGAGACUAGGCGAAGUUCGGGAACUGCUCAAAGACUACCGACGAUUGGCUGGCGUUUUAAAGAAUAUGGGCGCUUUUGAUGAGAAAUAG